AUGAGUCCCGCACACCACGAGGAGUUAAGGGAAAAUGAUAUCACCCUUGCAGGACCUCCGUCGCAUCACCGGAGAGCGCAGUCGGGACUCCGGGCUGGUGCGUCACCGGAAAGGCGGGCGGGCGACCGGGGCUGUCCCAAUGCGUGCCGCCGGGACGACCGACCGGUCGACUGCAAGACGCAGAGCGUGCGCCGGCGCCUGGCCGAGGAGCUCGGCUGCUGCGGCUGCACCAAAGUCGAAACACCUUGCUUGGUCACCGAAGGCGCGAGCAUAUGUUGCCAGCGUCGUCCCAGUGCGCCGAAGUGCUGCCCUGAACCAAACGCCAGUCCUACUGCAGCUUGCGUCGACCCGGUUGAUCAGAUCAUCAACGAAGGACUAAUGCAGCAGAAGAAGAAGAGCAGCCGGCGGCGGUCGUCCUGCUGCAGCAGCAGCAAUAGUCGACCACGGGACCCGUGUGGCCGGGAACGCCGGGCGAGGGUAUCCAUGGCCAAUCAACACAGCUACCAGCCCGAUUUCUUCGACGACCAGGCGGACAUGAGUAACUGGCAAGAGCACCGGGACGUUGCCCAGCAAGACGUGUCUCGAGGACGUCCGUCAUCGGCCCCGCCGAGGCCCAAGUGUUUGGCAUUCGAACCUUACGUGGACAACGGGCAGUAUUCGGAGGCUGCGGUUGGCUCGCCGAUCGAAAUGCAGCCCGAUCUGCAGAACGAAAACGACGACCGACAGCAAACCAUGCAACGGGAACUGGAAAGGUUGAACGAGCAGCGGGCGCACCUGGUGGAAUGCUUGGAAAGGGAAAUGAAAAUCAUCGAGAUGAUGCGCGAGUACAAGAAACUGAAACGCGCUUCCGCUCGAACGCAGCUGCAGCAGCCGUUGCCGAAUCCGAGCGCCGACGACCGGCAACGGAUUCAGCGGUUGAUCGACGAGGAGAGACGAAAACUGGCCGAGUUUCAGCGACGGCCUCAGCAGCAGGGCCAACGAUGCCCCGCGACCCCGACCGGGACGUACGAGAUCCCGUGGGAUAUGCCGCCGUCGCCGGACGGUGAAUCGGCCUGCGCCGCCGCGUCGACGCCACCCCGCCAGCGACGCAGAUUGACCUACCAACCGCCGUCGCCCGACACCGAUACCGAAGACGAAUGUUGCGCGCCGCCACCGAGACGACGGUUACUGGCUGUACUUCCAAUAUCGCCGGGUGACAGCAGCGACGGCGGCGCCAACGAAUGCGGUCGCCGAACACCCGCGGCCACAUCCAGGUGUUCGGCCGGACCUUCGCGGGACCAGGAGUCGUCGCGGCGGCCGCAGUCGUCACUGCAGGACUCGCUCAUGUACUACUACCGGGCCAUUCGUAACGGCGCGCCGCCCGUGACCGCGGACGUGCCGCAGCAAACCAGCAGUACGUGGACCGGCUGUAGCCGCUAG